AUGGCUAUGGCCACUCCAGUUAAAUUGCUCCUGGGCUCAAUUGCGUUUGCUAUAUUCUGGGUUCUGGCGGUAUUUCCCGCUGUCCCAUUUCUUCCUAUUGGUAGAACUGCAGGGUCUCUUCUAGGGGCCACGCUUAUGGUUAUGUUCCGAGUCAUAACUCCUGAUCAGGCCUAUGCUGCCAUAGAUCUUCCAAUUCUUGGUCUCUUGUUUGGUACAAUGGUAGUUAGUACCUAUCUCGAAAGAGCUGACAUGUUCAAAUACUUAGGUAAGUUGCUAUCUUGGAAAAGUAAGGGACCCAAAGAUUUGCUCUGUCGAAUCUGUAUCAUUUCUGCGAUUUCCAGUGCCCUCUUCACUAAUGAUACAUCCUGUGUUGUUUUGACGGAAUUCGUGUUGAAAAUUGCAAGGCAGCAUAAUCUUCCACCACACCCAUUCUUACUCGCCUUGGCGUCCAGUGCGAAUAUCGGGUCUUCGGCAACUCCAAUUGGUAAUCCUCAAAAUUUAGUUAUAGCAGUCCAGAGUAAAAUUUCAUUUGGUGCCUUUUUAUUUGGGUUACUGCCUGCUAUGCUGGUGGGAGUAUCGGUCAAUGCCAUACUUCUGUUGUGCAUGUAUUGGAGAUUGUUAUCCACACGCAAAGAUGAAGAGGCUCCUGCUGUUGAAGUGGUGGCUGAAGACGAAGUGAUUUCACACCGUUUUUCUCCAGCAACUAUGUCUCAUCUUUCGUCUUUAAAUUCCCAAGAAUGGAAUGCUACGUUGGAAUCAUUGAGCAGUAGUGGCUCUCCUAAUAUAAACGGUCACACAAAUCAGGUUGAGACCCUUCGGAACAGGGGGGUUGUGAAUGCAAGUGAAAUUCACAAGGCUUCAUCUCAAGGGUCUGAGUCGGCAGGGAACACAACCCCGUGGAAGGAGGUGGCAAACAAGAUAUCGACAGAGAGUAAAGAAGAUCGUGUAGUUUCCAAUGGUGAUCUCCACAUAACCAGUGAAGAGAAGGCAACAUGGAAAAGAUUACUGUGGAAAACUUGUGUUUAUCUUGUUACAAUUGGAAUGUUAAUAUCCUUGCUAGUAGGUCUCAACAUGUCAUGGACUGCAGUUACUGCUGCCUUGGCUCUUGUUGUCCUUGAUUUUAAGGAUGCCCGUCCGUGCUUGGAAAAGGUGUCAUACUCACUGCUGAUAUUCUUUUGUGGAAUGUUUAUCACCGUUGAUGGGUUCAAUAAAACAGGAAUCCCUAGUGCAAUGUGGGAUUUUAUGGAGCCUUAUUCACAAAUUAAUCGCAUCAGCGGAAUGGCUGUCCUUGCUCUUGUCAUCCUUUUCCUCUCAAAUUUGGCUUCAAAUGUACCCACAGUUCUACUGCUAGGAGCACGUGUUGCGGCUUCAGCAGCUGCGAUAUCUCCUUCAAGUGAGAAGAAGGCGUGGCUACUUUUAGCUUGGGUCAGCACAGUAGCAGGAAACCUUUCCCUGCUGGGAUCAGCAGCCAACCUGAUAGUGUGCGAGCAGGCUCGUCGUUCUCAGCAUUUUGGCUACAAUCUCUCGUUUUGGAGUCACCUCAAGUUUGGCUUCCCCUCCACCCUUGUGGUGACUGCUAUUGGUUUAAUGCUGAUCAAGGGAUAA